UCGCGCGGAAGUGGUCAACUUGGCACUGUCCAGUGUUUGUAUGAAGUAGCCUACUUCAUAUUAUUUUCAUAUCUUUAUCUGAAUCAGAAGUAAUGGAACGUUGGGACGGAAGAGUUGCUCUUGUGACAGGCGCCUCGGUCGGGAUUGGAGCGGCUGUUGCACGGGCGCUCGUUCAGAAAGGCAUGAAAGUAGUAGGAUGUGCCAGAAGUGUCGAUAAAGUAGAGAAGCUGGCGGCGGAGUGCCAGAGCGCGGGCUACCGCGGAACCCUCUUCCCCUACAAGUGCGACCUGUCCAACGAGGAGGAGAUCCUCUCCAUGUUCUCCGCCAUCCGGAUCCUGCACGCCGGCGUGGACGUGUGCAUCAACAACGCCGGACUGGCCCACUGCGAGCCACUGCUCUGCGGGAGGACGGACGCCUGGAGGAACAUGAUCGAUGUGAAUGUACUAGCCCUGUCCAUCUGCACACGAGAGGCCUUCAAGUCGAUGCAGGAAAGACACAUCGAUGAUGGACAUAUUAUCAACAUUAACAGUAUGGGCGGCCACCGGAUGUUCCCCAGUGCAGACGAGCACUUCUACUGCGCCACCAAGUACGCGGUGACCGCCCUGACCGAGGGCCUACGGCAGGAGCUGCGGGAGGCCAAGACCCACAUCCGGGCCACAUGUAUAUCUCCGGGUAUAGUGGAGACUGAGUUUGCUUUCCGGCACCACAACACCGACCCAGAGAGGGCUGCAGCUGCUUAUGAGAGUAUAAAGUGUUUGAAAGCCAAGGACAUAGCCAGCGCCGUUAUGUAUGUUCUUAGUGCUCCUCCACAUGUCCAGAUAGGAGAUAUACAGAUGUGGCCACUGGAACAGGUGCUAUAGCAACAGGAUUGGUCCAUAGCAGCCUAACUGGCAGAGCAGAUGAAGACAGCAGUGUUGGCAGCACGUCAGCAGCUCACUAGCGCCACCCUCAGGUGGCCAUGUGUAAAACCUAGUUCAAAGCCAGACGGAUACACACACGUCAAGACUUUGUUUUUGUUUUAUGAAGGGAUACCAUGCCCCUGGCUGACAGGAGGGGUAAUUUGCUGUUGGGAAAAUUACUGAAGCAUCUGAAACGUCCAAGGUGUGUGGUUGGUUGUCUCUGUCAAGAAAACAACUGUAAUAAGGUCAGCUGUAUGACCAGUUUUUACAUAGUUAUUAGGUCAUACAUUAUCAUAAUAUGUUUCAUUGAAAGACAGAAAGGGGAGAAACUAAAGCACAAUACUGACUAUCGUUGUAGCCUAAUCUAGUCUUUGUUGAAAGACAUGUAUGUACAUUGAAGGUAUCAACACAGGUGAUUGUUCAGUCGACUAUUGCUCAGUGGCAUUUUGACUGAAACUUAGUUAUUUUGUGUAUGUUGUCUUCUGUCACCCUGAUAUCAUUCUUGGGGAGUAUGUGAGCCUCUUUAGACAUGGUGUCUGAUUGAAAACUGCAAUUCCACUAAUCAGGAA